CCUCAACAAGUAACGGAACCGGGCGGCAGCGGCAGGGCUCUGGAAAGUUGUUUUACCUGAAAGACAUAACUAGUUGUUAAGACUGAAAAUUAUUUCCGUAUUGUAAUCUUUGGAACUGAGAAGAUUUGACUGUAUCUUAAAGUCUAAACGGCCCUUUAGUUUGCGUCAUGUCUUCCAAACGCAGGCCAAGUGACAGGAGAAAAAGUUUAGCAGCGUAUCGUCGAUAAAAAAAAAAAAAAACGGAGCUCAAUGGAGACCAAAUAACACGCCAAAUGAAGAGAUGAAUUUCGGUGUCCCCGCGAAUUCGCUGCUUCUUCUGCGCGCCUGCGACGAGGGGGACUAUGAAACGGCCCGGGGCAUCCUGGAGCCCGGAGCCCCGAAGGAGUCCGGGCGGCAGAGCAGGCUGCGGUCGGAGGCCGGCUCCGAGUGCCCGGCCGCGGACAUGUUGUCUCUGGUGCCGGUGGACUGCACGGACGAGGAGGGGAACACCGCCCUGCAGUUCGCCUCGGCCAGCGGCCACGAGAACCUGGUUCGGUUCUUGCUCCGGAAGGGGGCCUCGGUGGACAGCCGCAACAACUACGGCUGGACGCCGCUGAUGCAGGCUGCCAGGUUUGGCCACCUGACCGUUGCCCACCUCCUUCUGGAGAACGGGGCCGAGAUAAAUGGUCGCAACAGGCUGGGCGCCAGCGUCCUGACCAUGGCGGCGCGUGGUGGACACGUCCACGUGGUCAAGCUCCUCCUGGAGAGCGGGGCCUUCGUGGAUGACUACGAUCAUCUGGCUGUGGCUGCGGAGGCGGUCCCCAACGGCAACAACAACAACAGCUGCAGGUUGGUUGGUCCAGAGGCUUCUGGAUGGAUUUGGGGGGGGUCUGCUGCUUUGUCUGUGGGGCUGAGGUGGCUGUGGCUGCUCUAUCGCAGCGCGACCGGCUUCGGAUCCGCAGAGGGCUGUCCUCGAGGAGGCGGCGGCAGAGAGUUCAUGGACAUCACGGCUCUGAUGGUGGCGUCCCAGCAUGGACACGAGGCCGCGGUGCGCCUGCUGCUGGAGUGGGGCUCCGACGUCAACUUCUCCCAGAAGACCACCGGCUGGGGGCCGCUGAUGGCAGCCACCCUCAGUGGGAAGGUGGCCGUGACUCAGCAGUUGGUGGAAAGCAGAGCUGACCCAGACCGGGUAAACGUCCUGUCCAAGACAGCUUUCGAACUCGCCAUGCAAUUAAAACAGAAGGAAAUAAAGGCCUACCUGGACUCUAUCACCACCGUCCGACCUCAGACAGACGACGAGAGGAGAAGGCCCGAUGUGUUCAGCGCUCUCAAACUGGGAAAUUCACAGCUGGUCAAAGAGAUCCUGGAGGAGGACGCCGCUCAGGUGAACUCGUCCAAUCAGGACGGGGCGUCGCCCCUCAUGAUGGCGGCGGUCAGCGGCCAGUUGGAGGUGGUGCAGCUGAUGGUGGACAAGAACGCGGACAUAGACAAACAGGACGGCGUUCACGGCUGGACGGCUUUAAUGCAGGCCACUUACCACGGCAAUAAAGACAUUGUCAAAUACCUGCUGAGUCAGGGAGCAGAUGUCAACCUCCGAGCCAAGAACGGAUACACGGCCUUUGAUUUGGUGAUGCUGCUCAAUGAUCCAGAUACUGAGCUGGUCCGCCUGUUGGCCUCCGUGUGCAUGCAAGUGGACAAGGACAAGUCCAAACAUCGCGGCAGGCCCUCAGUUACUCGAUCCAAAAGCAGACAGUCUCUCACCAACGUGCCCGUGCCGCCCGACGAGAAGGGAGGCCUUAAGUCCUGGUGGAGCCGGAUGUCCAACCGCUUCCGGCGGCUGAAGCUGACUCACACCCUGAGGCACGGCCUGUCCACCAGUCGCCUGGCGCCCUUCGCGGACGACGCCGGUGAAACGCCACUGGACGCCACGAUGAAGGCGGGUGCCAAGCCUCCGCCCCUGCCCAACGGGACCCCGACUUCUGCCCCGGGAGCCAGCGACAUCAGCACCGCCUGGGCAGUCCCAAGCAAAGACGGGGGCAAAGCGUCCUCAGAAAAAGAGGACUCUCUAAUAACCACAAUGCUCAGAAGCGGGGCGCCUCUGACCCGGCUGCCCAACGACAAGCUGAAAGCCGUGAUUCCUCCCUUUUUGCCCCCGUCCAACUUUGAGCCGUGGAACUCGGACCGCUCGCGCGUCCUCAGAGGAGGGAAAAGCGAGGCGCCCCGUCUGCCCAUGCCCCCUCAAAGGAAGCUAAACAGCAGCGGGAACUCUGAUUUUACGUCCAUCAGCCGUGUGGUUAACAGGUCUAUUAAGUUUCCCAGCAUCUCUAAAGGACCCUCCUCAACCUCUCCCUCUAACUCUGGCCACUACCACUCCCCCCACUCUUCCGGAGGCUCCAACGGAGUGGCAGGGCUCAAUCGGGACUCUCACAACCGUUCAGGGGGCAGCGCAGACAGCGUCCUCUCCCAGAUAGCAGCUCAGAGGAAAAGAGCAGCGGGGCUGAUGGACCCCAAGGCCCAAGCUCCAGAGAAACCGCCCGGUCAGACGCAGAUCCCGACCCCUCCGGCCCCAGGCCCGCCCCCCCCGGACAUCAGCCUCCCCGACAUCCCCCCGCACCCCAGCCUGGUCGCCUCAGACAUCCACUCUCGAAGGAAAAUGGAGCUGAAGAAGAGGCCUCAGUCAGGGAAUUCCUCCACUUCCAAGAGCACGUCACCCACUCUGACGCCCUCCCCGUCGCCCACGCCCAAGAUGCCCCCCGGCCCGGGGGACUCUUUGUCCUCGGCCUCAUCCCACCCACGCUCCAAGAGCAGCGGGGGCUCCAGCAGCGGAACCAUCACCGAUGAAGAUGAGCUAUCCAGUAUUUUGAAGAAACUCUCCCUAGAGAAGUAUCAGCCUAUAUUUGAGGAACAAGAGGUGGACAUGGAAGCCUUUCUUACUCUGACAGACGGUGACCUGAAGGAGCUGGGCAUUAAAACAGACGGGCCCAGGCAACAGAUCCUAGCUGCCAUAUCAGAGCUAAAUGCCGGAAAGGGCAGAGAGAGGCAGAUCCUCCAAGAGACCAUCCAUAACUUCCAGUCCUCUUUCGGCAGCAGUGCCAGCAACCCACGGCAGGCGGCGCAGCAACGCUCCCCAACAACCUGGACGAGACACCAGGUCCGUACCUCCAGCAAGAGGUAACCUCGCCCUCCAGCGGGAGGUCUCGCCGGGGGGAGGAGAUGCGGGAGCGGCUCCCCGCAGAGGUACGAUUAAUGCCCAGUCCCCUCGUGC